AUGUCUUAUGAUAUUCAUGUAACUGAAAGAGUGGCAUACGCCCCGUUCUUUGGGUAUAUGGGAGCUGCGUCUGUUCAGAUUUUCACUGUGUUGGGUGCUGCAUACGGAACAGGCAUUAUUGGUAUCUACGGCUUAGUCGUUGCUAUGGUGUUAAAAAGUAAAGUAACGUCAGCUACAGAGGGUUACACAUUGGAUAAGAAUGAGAUGAAAAUGAGUUUUUCAAAUGAAUAA